AUGAAUUCUGAAAAAUGGGUCUUCAAUAUUUUAUUCCUGGUGUAUCUUUUCUUCGGACUUUGCAAUUCCACCAGUGACACCAUAACUCCGAAUCAACCCAUCAAAGAUGGUGAGCUUUUAGUGUCCAAUGGUAAGACCUUCGCACUUGGGUUUUUCAGUCCUGGAAAUGGAACAUCCAAUCGCAGGUAUGUUGGAAUAUGGUACUACAAAAUCUCUGAACAAACCGUAGUUUGGGUUGCCAAUCAAGACAACCCAAUCAAUGGUGAGUCCGGAGUAAUAUCCAUCAACCAAGAUGGAAACCUUGUCAUCUACGACGACGACAAUACCCAUAAUGUUACUUGGGAUACAAAUAUUUCAACAGCAGCUGCAACAAACAGUUAUUAUUCAGCUCGACUCUUGGAUUCGGGGAAUUUGGUGGUUAGUAAUAGUAGCAAUAGUACUAUUUUUGUAUGGCAAAGUUUUGAUUAUCCUAGGCACGUGCUGCUGCCCAACAUGAAGUUGGGGUUGGACCGGAUAACCGGUGUGAACCGGUUCUUGACAUCAUGGAAGUCGAGAGAUGACCCUGGCAAAGGAGAAUACUCCUUUAUGAUGGAGGACCCGGGUGGGUCGCCCCAAUUGGUAUUGUACAAGGGCUUGUUUCGAUUUUGGGAAACUGCACCAUGGAUGUGGAACAAACGGACCGGUAAUUUCACAAUUUCCAGUUUCAUUGACAAUCGCAAGGAAGUAUAUCUAUCAUACGUUCAGAUCAAUGCCUCGAUUUUGUCCAUAUUUCUUGUGGACGAACUUGGGAACAUAAAAAUGAACACGUGGCUCGAGGGUAAGGGUAAAUGGGUGGAGUCUUACUCGGGCCUAGACGAGCGAUGUGACAGUUAUGGGCGGUGUGGCGGGUUUGGUUAUUGUAACGAGAACAAAGGGCAGGCGGAGUUCGAGUGCACGUGCCUUCCAGGGUACGAGCCCAAGUUACCAAAUGAAUGGUAUUAUUCACGUGAUGCUUCAGGCGGGUGUGUGAAAAAGCGCGCGGCACUUGGCAUGUGUGGGAACGGAGAAGGGUUCGUGAAGAUGGAAAGAGCAAAAAUUCCGCCAACGUCUAAGGGAGAUGAAGAGAUGAAUUUGAGCCUGGAAGAGUGUGAAGCCAAGUGCUUGAGAAAUUGUUCUUGCACGGCUUACACUAUUGCAAGUGAUGGGGGCAACUAUUGCAAGACUUGGUAUGGGACUUUGAUGAAUGCAAGAACAGCCCAUAGUGCUAGAUAUUCUCUCUAUGUACGUGUUGAUGCCGAUGAGUUAUUAGCUCAACAUUUGAAGAAGAAAUCUAAAAGUCUUCAUGGAAUGAAGAUGAUCAUUGUGGUGACAUCUGUUGUGGUGAUGGCAGCCCUGAUUAUCUCCUUAGUUUGUUGGUUGGUAAUGAAGAAGGCAAGAAGAGUUGCUGGAUUCGACAUUCAUGCCAAUGAUGAAGAAAAUCUAGAAUUACCCAUCUUUGAUAUGAUCACUAUUGUUGGGGCAACCAACAACUUUUCUGAUACAAAUAAAAUUGGUGAAGGUGGUUUCGGGCCUGUUUACAAGGGACAACUAUCAAUGGGAAAAGACAUAGCUGUCAAGCGCCUCUCAACGAGCUCCAAACAAGGUGUGGAUGAAUUCCAAAAUGAGGUUAUUUUGAUUGCUAAACUUCAACACCGGAAUCUUGUAAGGCUUUUGGGAUGUUGCAUCCAUGGAGAAGAAAGAAUGUUAGUUUACGAGUACAUGCCCAAUGGAAGCUUGGAUUCCUUCAUUUUUGGUUUGCCCUCUAAACUUUCUUAUGGACAACUAUCAAUGGGAAAAGACAUAGCUGUCAAGCGCCUCUCAACGAGCUCCAAACAAGGUGUGGAUGAAUUCCAAAAUGAGGUUAUUUUGAUUGCUAAACUUCAACACCGGAAUCUUGUAAGGCUUUUGGGAUGUUGCAUCCAUGGAGAAGAAAGAAUGUUAGUUUACGAGUACUUGCCCAAUGGAAGCCUGGAUUCCUUCAUUUUUGGCAUGGCAACUUUGGCUGAAGAAAGCGCUUAUGAGUUAUUGGAAUGCCACUAA